AUGAUAAGAUAUAAAUACGCAGUAACAUUUUUCUCGAGUGUAUGUUUUGUUGUCUUCCUCGGAUUAACUACUGAUGCCAGGUUAAAGCUAAUAACAUCAACUCAUGAUAAGCUCGCCCAUUGCAUAGUAUUUUGCAUUGAAACCGUUCUGUUUACCAUGAUGUUUGAAUGUGAUACCGUACAGUUGCCGGCAUUCAUCCCCAAAAGACUACGAUCAAGGAAUUUGGCUGCGUACGAACCUUUUUCCAUGAACAAAUAUCUAUUGGCAUUUAUUGUAUGCUGCGUAUGUGCCAGUACGAGCAGUGAAUUUGCACAACAGUUCCUCUCACGAGGAAAAAGGUCCUUUGAUGUAAACGAUAUUUUGGCCAAUUUUUCGGGAAGUCUGCUGGGCCUAGGAAUUGCAUAUAAGAUAGAGCAACAAAUUCAGCAUAACUAUGAAAAUCGAUAA